UCCACCCCCGCAAGAAAUAAAACCCACAACCGAACAACAGCAAUCGACUUCAAUCGAUUUUUCAAACGCGCACGAAAUGCAUCGGGUCGUAAUCGCGAAGUGAAACAUAUUUACAAAUCCGGACGCAAUGCAGUGAUUUCCCAGAAUUGGAUGAUGUCCAUCGGUUUCCCGCGAGUGAUAGUGUUCGCAGUGAGAAGAAAUACAAGUGAAUAGGAGUGAUGUUGAUCCUUAAUCGAUAAAAUUGUUCUCCUUCCGAUUGCGUGGAAAAUAGCGAAUGAAAAAUCAGUGGGGGAAAAAACCGAGCAUAUUGAAUAGUGCUUGCUCUUACGUCACUGUGGCGAAUUUUCAUCAUUGCUGGAGGAUUUCACUCUUGUUUUCGUUCGCUGCGCUUGGUUAAUUGCUCCAUACGGUGCUAGGGGGGGAAAGUGGCCAAGCGAGCGAGCAGCUAUAAGUCCGGAUAACGGCAGGGUGCAAUAACUCGGAAACCCUUCACACCACCCGUGGAAUUUUCUUCUUGUCGACAGCAAAGUUGCUGGAACUGGAAGAUAGCCGUGGGGGCGUUUUUCGAUCCGUCAUCAACAACAAAGACAAGGAAAAGGACACAUUCUUGUACCGCAAAACGAAAGAUAUCGAUACCUUUUGAACGUGUACCACCAUUCAUAAUUCAAUUGCACCAUGGCGAUGUCAAAGGGAUUUCGUGUGCUAGAAAAAUCAAAACCACCUUCACCGCAUAGUGUACUGCUGGAACAUCGAAACAAAUCGGAAACGCUGCUAUUCGAAUCGCAAGCGGUGGCGGUGCUCUCUGCUCAGGAAACGGAAAUUGUCCGCAAACAGUACACCAAGGUCCUGGACGCCUACGGAUGCCUCGGCGUACUGCAACUCAAUGCAGGCGAUAGCUCUCUACUAUACCUGGUGAUGGUUACCGGGUGUUUCUCCGUUGGAAAAAUCUUAGACAAUGAAAUAUUCCGCAUCACCCAAACGCAGUUUGUUUCGCUACAGUACCAACCGACAAACGAGGAUCGAAUCUCCGAAAUCCGAAAGGUGUUGAACUCGGGCACGUUUUACUUCUCGUUUGCGAAUCCGGCGGCCAGCAACAGUGUCCAGUUGGCAAGUGGAGGAUUCAACUUCGACAUCACACUGUCGGCUCAAAGGCGUCGACGCACUACGGAGACGGACAACAGGUUCUUCUGGAAUCGCAUGUUAUUCAUUCAUAUGCUACGAUUUGGAGUUGAGUGCAAUUUUUGGCUGCUGAAAGCGAUGUGCGGAUCGGUGGAGAUCAGAACAGUCUACGCCGGGAGUAAGCAAGCGAGGGCGGCUAUCAUAUCAAGGUUAAGCUGCGAGCGUGCUGGAACACGCUUCAAUGUUAGGGGAACGAACGACGAAGGAUGUGUGGCAAAUUUUGUGGAAACAGAGCAAUGUAUUUAUCUUGACAAUGAAGUAUCAUCGUACAUUCAGUCUAGGGGAAGUGUCCCUCUGUUCUGGGAACAACCCGGCGUGCAGGUUGGUUCUCACAAAGUCAAACUUUCACGAGGCUUCGAAGCUUCGAGAGCGGCGUUCGAUCGUCACAUGACUUCUAUGAAAGCUAGGUACGGCAAACAAGCAAUAAUAAAUCUACUCGGAACAAGUCUGAUAGGCAGCAAAGAGGGUGAGGCCAUGUUGAGCAACGAAUUUCAGCGACAUCAUAGGGAAUCCAAUCACACGGAUGUGCCGCAUAUAGUGUUUGACUAUCAUCAGGAAUGCAGAGGAGGCAAUACUAACGCUUUAUCGAAACUGAAGGCCAAAAUUGACGCCAUGUGCUCAGAUUAUGGCCUGUUCCAUGCCAUAGGGGACAGCGUGUUCCGAGAGCAAAAAGGAACCAUACGAACCAAUUGCUUAGAUUGUCUGGAUCGCACCAAUUGCGUUCAGACAUACAUUGGCUUAGAAAUUCUGAACGAACAAAUAUCGCAAAUGUCCGCACUAUCAGACAAAAAGCAGCAGAUUGCCUCUCGGUUCGAGGAAAUUUUCCGGCAGAUGUGGAUCAAUAAUGGUAACGAGGUGAGCAAAAUUUACGCCGGAACCGGUGCCAUACAGGGUGGUUCGAAGCUAAUGGACGGAGCCCGUUCUGCGGCAAGGACAAUCCAAAACAAUUUGCUGGAUAGCUCCAAACAAGAGGCCAUCGAUGUCUUGCUCGUUGGUUCAACCUUGAGUUCUGAGCUGGCGGAUCGGGCCAGGAUCUUGCUGCCGUCAAAUAUGUUGCACGCACCGACGCCUGUUCUCCGCGAGAUGUGUCGUCGCUACGAAGAGUUUGUAAAUCCUUUGGAUUUGCGCAUUGCAUGCGGUACGUACAAUGUCAACGGUGGAAAGCACUUCCGAAGUGUUGCCUACAAGGACGUAUCUCUUGCGGAUUGGUUACUCGAUUGCCAUCGACUGGCUCGAUCAAAAUCAUUAGUUGAUGUGAGCCACCCGGAGGAUAGUAAUGAACCACCGAUCGACAUUUUUGCAAUAGGUUUUCAGGAGAUUGUGGACUUAAAUGCAUCCAACAUUGUUGCAGCCAGCUCUGAUAAUGCCAAGGCAUGGGCCGAAGAGUUGCAGAAGGUUAUAAGCCGCGACGAGGAGUAUGUCCUGUUGACAUAUCAGCAACUGGUGGGAGUUUGUCUGUACAUCUACAUUCGACCCCAGCAUGCCCAGUACAUCCGUGAUGUGGCCAUUGAUUGCGUGAAGACGGGUCUGGGAGGUGCCACGGGCAACAAAGGUGCUGCUGCGAUCCGAUUUGUAAUCCACGGAACAUCAAUCUGUUUCGUGUGUGCUCAUUUCGCUGCUGGUCAAUCGCAAGUCGCCGAACGUAAUGCUGACUAUGCUGAAAUCACCCGAAAGAUCGCUUUCCCAAUGGGUCGCUCUUUGAAGUCGCAUGAUUACAUUUUCUGGUGCGGAGAUUUCAAUUACCGGAUUGAUAUGGAAAAGGACGAGUUGAAAGAUUUGUUGAAACAGGGUGACAUCGGUGCAGUAUUGCAGUACGAUCAAUUGAGAAUUCAGCAGAAUACAGGAAGCGUUUUUAACGAUUUCCUGGAGGGCGAAAUCUCAUUCCCUCCAACGUAUAAGUACGAUUUGUUCAGUGAAGAUUACGACACUAGUGAAAAGUGUCGAGCGCCAGCUUGGACAGAUCGAGUGCUGUGGCGGCGCCGUAAGCAGAGUCCAGAUGCUGAUAAGCAUCCUAACUGGAACCCUGGAAAUUUGGUGCACUACGGUCGAGCAGAACUGAAACAGAGUGAUCAUAGACCUGUGAUUGCAAUCAUAGAUAUUGAAAUAUGCAAGAUCGAUCAGCAACGAAGAGCACAAGUAUUCAAUGAUGUCAUCAGAGAUUUGGGACCACCGGAUGGAACUAUUUUGAUUCAAGCAACAAACGUUCCCAGUAGCGCAGAUUCUGACGAGGACGAAGGCAGUAUCUACGACGAGAACCUGAUGAGCGCGUUGAUCCAGGAAUUGACUCAGAUCGGUGAAGUCACUCUGGUGCGAUUCGUUGGGGACACCAUGUGGGUUACUUUCCGCGAUGGGCAGUCUGCCUUAACAGCAGCUCAGAAGCAGUUUGUGCAAGUAUGUGGAGUGAACCUAGCCAUCAAAUUGAAAACAGAAAACUGGAUCCAACGAGUGGAACUAGAGAUUCUACUUUGCACUCCAAACACAGUGACUUUCUGCGACAGUCAAAUAGGCGAUUACAACAGCCUUGGCAUUCCGGAAGUUCCAUCACGCCCAAAAAGUCCUCCAAAUCUACAGCAAGCACCUCUCCGACCGGCUCCCCCAAGCAGACCGCCUCUACCGAAAUCUCCCCAAGCGUCACCCAAACAUCAACCGCAGCCGCAUCAUCAUCAUCCGAAAGCCGGGGUCAUCAGUUUGGGGGCAGAAGUGCUCAUGGCGUCCAAAUUGCACCAAAAACCGGCGAUGCCUCCUUCGCCUCUGGUGCCCACUUCAGCUACAACGAAAACCACUCCUCCCAUCGAAGAGUAUGCCAGUUCUAGUCCAAUACUUGGCUCACCGGCUCAUGGGUCAUCGCAGGCUAGCACCCCUCCCCAGGAUACCGGAGCUAUUUACGAGGAAAUCAGCGACGAUAUUGCCAUACCUGAACCGCGAGGUCCGCCACCUCCUCCGCCGCGCUGUGACGUGUACGACCUGGACGUGGUCAGCAACAAUAAAUCCAACAAGUCGUCUCCUCCUGGUACCUCCGGUGGCAGUUCGGGAGCCGGAUCGCCUCAAUCGUCCAUUCCGUCGCAAGCACCACCCAAGACAAAUCCUCCUCCGUUGCCAGUGCGCCGGGGGGUUCCUCCGCCGAUACCAAACCGAAGUGGGGGAGCGCCUCCCCUACCAGCGCGACCCAACAAUUCCUAAGCCCAGGAGCAGAAUAUCCAAAGUUUAUAUUUAACGUACCAAUCAGUCAAUAAUCAUCUAAACUGCUGACUAUAAUAAGGGAAGAUUCUACCUAUUUAACACUGUCAGAGAAUUUAAUCAUCCGUAGCUACUCGUAGAAUCAGCAACUGGAAAAUACUGUAACUGCUCGUAGGCGAUAUCUUAUUCCGAGUUGAGACUAAACGUAAUCUCUAACGGUAAUCACUUGACUGUGCAUGUUGCAUUAGCAUAGUUUAGCGUAGAAAGGAGAUGUUAAUAUAGUGAAACAUAAUACAUUCCACAGUUUAUAGUUGCAUGCAUGAUAUGUUUGAAUGUUGGCAUUAUUAUUGGAUAUUUUGUUUUGUAUAAUUGAGUAGGAGCAGCUUAAUUUGUAUAUUUCGUGUAUUUAUUUGAAUAUAUUGAUCGGGUCAAAAAUGUAUGAUGGAAUGUAGAAACUACGCCAACGCUUUGUAUUAUAAAAAAAGAAAUUUAAUUCAACACGAAAAGAUUCCUUAUCAAACACGUAUUGUGAUGUAAUUGCAAACAAUUGUAAAAGUGAAUAUAAGUUAUAUCAACUAAUAAGUGUUAACACAUCAAAUUAUUAUUGUUGUUCGAUUGCCGUUCCCGAAAGGAAUUCCAAAACUCGAUGGAAGACAAAAAAAUACAAUAGCUAUCAAUACGAAACAAAGGAUACUUUAUUGAAUUAAUGAUGGUGUAAAAACAAUUGGUAACAAAAUUAC